AUGCCCGAGUGCCGGAACUGCCUCCGCCUGGGUGUCGGAUGUCCAGGCUUCAGUCCGCAGAGCGAGUUCAUCUCCCGCAAGGAGAUGCUGAAAUCGGCAGACGACAUCUUCAAGGCAGCCGGGGUGGAAAAGCGACGGGUUGGGUCCUGCGAGGAAUGUCGGUCGUCCAAGCAUCGCUGCACCAAGACUCGACCUUCAUGCCGCCGCUGCAUCUUGCGCCAUCUGCCUUGCGUGUAUCCCUCCAAGCCGGAUAAGCAGCAAGAGCGUGAAGCCUCGACCCAGCCCGCCAGUUCUGUGGCAAGCUCGACAGCCGCUGCGGCGGGACUUACAUCGACCACCACGGCUCAGCCCUUGGAUGUUGGCCAAUGGACGAAUCCCGCACUGUUGCGUGCCUUUGGCGUCAACAUUGAGAGUCUAUGCUCAGAUACUCUACCGAAAGAUCACGGCCUUCGACUUCGUUUAGUGAAUGCUUUCUUCGACCGGUCACACCACCUUCGCUGUGUCUCCUUUGUCCACCCCCCGUCUUUCAUGCAGUCGCUCGAGUCAGCCAGCAUAGCAGAAGAUUAUGGAGAGCCUUUGCUUUAUGCCAUGUGCGCUCUUGGUGCAAGGCAUAUCUACUUUGAUGCGACGCUUGCUCUUGAUGGACCCGAUCGCGACUCACUUCCGAGCAUAGUUCCUGGCCAGGCCUGGGCUGAAAGGGCGAGAAAGGAGAUACUCGGGGAGAUGCAUGCUCCAACAGUGCAGAAUCUCAUGGCCGGUGCCCUUCUCUGCGAGUAUGGUCUUCGGGAGGACCAGCACGCUCUGGUCUUCAUCAUGCUGGCCUUUCUGCACCGAGCCAUAAGACUACUCAGCCUCGAUGCGCCACGACCUCUUCCCAGCCUCUGUACAACCGCCCAGAUGAUGCAAAGAGAAGUAGAGAACCGCAUCGUUUGGGCCUGCUUUCUCAUCGACAGCCUUGCUGCGAAUGGCGUGGAGAAAAACAUGUGCUGGAAGGACAACGUGCCGAACAUUCCCCUCCCCUGUUCCGACGACUGCUUCAAUACCUCUCAAGUCCCCUCAACCCCACACUAUCUUUCACAGAUUGAAGAUUCGGCAAUGCAUACUGUAAUUGCAGAUCUCGAUCUGGCAGCGCUCUUGGUUGUAGUUGUGCGUUUGAGGACCAAAGUCAUGCAGCUGAUUCGAGUUGCUGACCCCAACAUGCAUAUUUGGGAGCCAUCGUCCGAGUUUGUCAGAAUCAUUGAUCAACUCAUGGCACUCUACAACAACCUGCCGGAGAGGUAUUAUCUGACGGACGCCAACUUAUAUGUGCUCCAAGACAAGGGCAUGCUUGGGGCCGUGUUUGCACUUCACCUCUUCAUCCAUGCCGUCAUCUUCGAUCUCACUCGCAUCUCGCUCGCGGGCUUCAGUUUCCCUUUGGCGCCCGCCUUCAAGCACGCGCCCUCCGAGUUUCGCGCGCACUGCCAAAGUCUGUGCCGUUUCCAUGCGAGCCGGGUUUCAGAUAUCAUCCGGACUGGCAUCAGUUUCAGCCCAAACGCGUUCGACGACCUUUUCUGUCCCGACGCGACUAUCGAAUCGACCAAGGUGCAGAUCAUCUACGCGGCUACUGUGGACCAGUCGCCCCAGACUUUGCAGGUUACAAGGGACAAUAUCAUCACGAACCUGAACUUUCUCUUGAGCAUUCACAAUCGGGGAAAGGAGGCUCCCACCCAGUUUAUUCGGGCCAUUAUUCCACUUUGUCAUCUCUUUGGCUUCCAAGAUAUCGCUGAAAGAUAUCAGGAAACACUCGGCCUUAGCAUACCCAUCGAUCCGGCCGAAGUCACUGGAUCCUCCGACGUCCACCACCUUUCAGCAUCAGCCUCCUUCCGAAGAGGAAGACUGCAGCUCCAAGAAUUACAGUCCAAGACCGGUGGCAAAGCGAUAUCAUCCGGGAACGAUGCCAAAUCGCCCCUGAUCCAAGCAACCCAGAGCAUCUUCUACGAGGAGCCGAUAGACAAAGGCGUCAGCAAUGACUAUGCAAGCUCUCUGCCACUCCUCAGGCCAGGCUACUCUCCGUUUGAAGUGGCCCCUGAACUCCUAAGCCAGACACUGGCUCAGAGGAACUCCCUCCAAGCUAUGCCGCCCGCAGACGACAUGGUUCAGAGUGGAGGCCUGUUGCAGCCCUCAGUAGACGACUACAUCAAGACGGCGGAUGAAAUGUCGACAUUCUUGACCUGGGGCAUGCCGGAUAUGCCCCAGUGGAUUAAUCUCGCCGAUCAAAUGCCGCCUGGAUGA